CUGCUUUUUCCGGGUCCUUGUUCUAACGCAACUCAACGUCGAUGGCUACGAUCUCCUCCGAGCCUCAGAAGCUUUUAAUAGUGCGCCUCAGGCCACCUGACCGUUACAUAACGUGGUAUACAUAACGCGCGUCCCGUCGUCGUCCAUACUUCAAUGUUUUCCCAUCACUCGCUGAGAUGGAGUAUUCGACUGACGAUGUCGCAGCAGCGAGGAGCUUGCAGAUUGCGACGUAUAUAUACGCGUCUAUGACUGCAUUCUGGAUUUAUGAUUAUGCAUGUUCACUCUAUGAAGAGUGGACAUUUUUGCUUCUAUCGCACUGGCGCAAGGUAAAAGGCCUGUACAUUGUUACACGAUACCUCCCCUUUGUUCUUCUCACCGCGAAACUAUAUAUGAGCUUUACCCUCAAUGAGAACACAGGCAAAUGCCGGGUGUUAGACAAUAUUAAUACAGGUCUUGGUAUAGUAUCAGCCGUUUGCUCCGAGUGCUUUUUCGUCCUCAGGACAUACGCACUCUGGAACAACAAUAGAAUCUUGCUCGCAGCCAUGCUGGUUAUCAUUCCUACUUUUGUCGGAGUAUCCAUCGGCAUUGCCUUCACCACUAAUGCACCUGCGGCAUAUGCGACUAGCGCGAUCCCGGGUAUCGUAGGGUGCUACCAGAGUUCGACCAGUUUCCGACUCUUCAUACCAUUUCUUCUCCUUUCCGCAUUCGAACUUGGACUCAUGAUGCUCACGCUCAUACGCGCCUUACAGAACUGGCGGAGACACCCAAGCCGUCUGUAUGUUGUCCUGGUGAAACAUAAUGUAUUCUAUUAUACAUGUGGCUUUCUGUUCUCAGUGGCGAACAUAUUCACAUCAAUGCUCCUCCAGUAUUCCUACCACACCAUGUUGUAUGAUUUCCAGUUCAUGGUCCUCGCAAUCCUCGCCACGCGCAUGCACCGCAAUCUCUGGCAGAUGUCGAUAAACCGACAUGCACACAACUCUGACCCUCUUGUGGGUAUUCUAAUGUCGGACAUGUCACUUCUAAACUCUACGGCGUAAUAUCUUAUCCUAUGGUUUAUUCGGUGUCUUCGUGGAGCGUGGCUUGGACUAUACAAGAUGACUGACGGGGUGGAUCUGGUAGAGUUCACUGCGUGCUUAACUAAUAGGACGAGUCUUGUGUGGGGCGGGAGGAGUAUUUGGAUGGCCUUGGUCUAUUUAACUUCCAUGGUUUCCACCAUAAGUGGUGGCGGAUUCAGGAUUUGAGUGUACUAGAGCCAAACGCACAGCCUGACGGCAAUGAGCAUCACGGUACAGGUCCACCGAGGCGCACCAAGCUCCACGAAUUAGCGAAACGCAAUUGACAUAAUAGGACCACAUCUAGGACCACCUACGCUACCGACAAAUUUGUCUCGCUUGACUAGAUAAGUUAUUCGUACAUUCUGGCUUGUCUAGUUGUAUGCUAGGAGUGUCAGGGCAUCCUGCCUUGAUGUGACACUUUUUGACCCGCCCUAUCGCUCAUGAC